AACCCCGCCCGCCAGCCUCAAUUGAACGCACCGCGGUGACGCAGGGCAAUGUGGAAAAUUUGUGACCGGAGGGGAAUGACACAGGGCACGGCAGUGUUAAGCAGGAAUCACUUUUGAUUGAUGCACGACCUUCGAGGACAAACCUGUGAAUUAUAAUACACCUAACCGAGGGCGGUCCUUCCUGUGGAACACUGUAAAACAUCGACACAGUUUUAAGGCGGAUCACUUGGAUACACUCCCAGAGUCUCCAUCAUGAACUACCUUCGUCGCCGACUCUCAGACAGCAAUUUCAUGUCCAACCUGCCCAACGGCUACAUGGGCGAUUUACAGCGCGCCGAGCCCCCGCCUCAGCAGCAGCCGAGCCCCGCAGUGUCUCCGGGGCCCUCGGAGAGACGCCAGCCUGUCAGUCAGCAACAGUCUGCGGGCGGAGGUUCUGGCUUCUUCUCGUCCAUAUCCAAUGCUGUCAAGCAAACCACGGCCGCCGCCGCAGCUACCUUAUCCGAAGCGGCCGACCGGGCGGGGGUCUCUAGCAGUGCUAAGAUCCUCCUGGUGGUGGACGACCAGCAGACCGACUGGGUGAGAGUUUUUAGAGGAAAGAAGGUCCACGGUGGUGAAUAUGACAUCAAGGUUGAACAGGCAGAAUUUUCUGAAAUCAACCUGGUGGCUGACUCGUCGGGCACCUACACAGUCAGCAUUGAUGCAAUUAGGAACGGCCAUAAGGUGACCAAAUCCUUUAAACCAGACUUUGUGCUGAUCAGACAGCAUGCUUUCAGUAUGGACAAGAAUGGAGACCACCGAAACUUAGUUAUCGGUCUACAAUAUGCGGGACUGCCAAGUGUGAACUCUUUACACUCUGUCUACAAUUUCUGUGACAAACCAUGGGUGUUUGCACAGAUGUCAAGGUUACACAAACAGUUGGGUCCAGAGGAGUUCCCACUGAUUGACCAGGUUUAUUAUCCAAACCACAAAGAAAUGAUAACGUCCUCUCAGUUCCCUGUUGUGAUAAAAAUGGGCCAUGCUCACUCAGGAAUGGGAAAGGUGAAAGUGGACAACCAAUAUGACUUUCAAGAUAUUGCCAGUGUUGUUGCCCUGACCAAGACUUAUGCCACAUCCGAGCCAUUUAUUGAUGCCAAGUAUGAUGUCCGCAUUCAGAAGAUUGGUGAAAAUUACAAGGCCUAUAUGAGAACAUCCAUUUCUGGCAAUUGGAAAACCAACACAGGCUCAUCAAUGCUUGAGCAAGUGGCCAUGUCAGACAAGUACAGGAUAUGGGUGGACACUUGUGCCAACAUCUUUGGAGGUUUGGAUAUCUGUGCCGUGGAGGCUCUUCAUGGCAAAGAUGGAAUGGACUACAUAAUAGAGGUAGAUGACUGCUCAAUGCCACUGAUCGGUGACCAGCAGGAUGAGGAUCGUAUACAGAUUGCUGAACUGGUGGUUUCGAAAAUGAACCAGAUGAUUCUACCUGCUUCAAGCUCCUCUACAGGCUGCAUGACAGCAACACAGAAAGCAGUUUCUCCUCAACCUGUGUCCCAACCUAGAGUUCCACAGCCUCAACAGCGACCCUCACCUCAGGGUGGUCCUCAAGAAGGUGCUGCUGGUGCUGCACAGGCCCAGCAAGCUGCAGGGAGCCCGGGUUCAGCUGAAACAAGUUCCCAAGCCAAGGUCAAUCAAGGGCCUCCAGGGCAGGGUGCUCCUCAGCGAAGCCAAGGAGGGCCUCUUCCAACUCAGAGGCAACAGUCUUCCACACAGCAGCAACAAAGACCUCCAUCAGGGGGUGCUGGUCAGAAACCUCAGCAACAGAGACCUACUCAGCCCCCUAGACAGCAAUCACAAGGAGGGCAGCAGAGAACCGCUGGCCAGCAGGGGCGCACUGGUGGGACCACUACACAGCAGCCACGACCAGCCGGCCAGGGCCAGGGAGGUCCUGGGGGACGCCCACCACUGCAACAAAAACCCCAGCCCCCACAAAAACCCAGUCAGGACAGCACGGCAUUUGGCGGUUCCCCACAACUGAACAAAUCUCUUACCAAUACCUUCAACAUUCCAGAAACCCCAGCGCUACGAGCCAGCCUUAACCAGGAUGAGGUGAAGGCUGAAACCGUACACAGUCUACGCAAAUCGUUUGCCAGUCUCUUCUCAGACUGAGACGUCAUCAUCAUCAUCAUCAUCAUCAUCAUCAUCAUCAUCAUCAUCAUCAUCAUCAUCAUCAUCAUCAUCAUCAUCAUCAUCAUCACCAUCAUCAUCAUCAUCAUCAUCAUCCUCCUCCUCCUCCGUCUGGGCAAUCAGCCCCCAUCAGGGACUUGCCGCCCAACCCCACCCCACCCGGAUUCCACACCCGCUAUGGCUCUCGCUGGUGCUUCGCGAGGUUCACUUCCAGGGCCCUCGCCUGAUUAUUGUUGGAGGGUUGUGGGGCAGCUACUCCCACUGCCCACCGUUUCGGUGGGGUGAGCGCUGGGCGCCUCACCUCCCGGUGAGACCCCACCUCCUUCCCCGCCGGCUGGUGGGUAUUUAGCCGUGUCUGAGGCCAAAGAGCCCCGCCGUUCCCCCCUCGCGCCACUCUGAGGCAUCCCACCACAUGAGGCAUCAUCAUCAUCAUCAUCAUCAUCCCAUGCUCCCACUGAAAGAAAAUAGGCCUGGCACACAGAAGGACUGCUGCUGUCCCAAUUCAUAUAAGCAUGAUAUUGAAAUGUACGUAAUCACUGAAGAGCGCCUAUUCCACAAUGAACCAAGAAGACAAAACCAAGUCUGAAACAUUCCUGCCUAGCCACGAUCUUAAAUUAUUCUACACACACUACACAAACGCCUGUAUAUGCAUGAGCACACACAAACUAGAAUGGCCGCAAAAUACUACUUCCACUUGUUUAUUGGCACUGCGACUCUUAAGUUCAAUCUUAUUUUGAUGUACCAACCAACCAAAUACAAUUAUGCUCAUAGUCGCACAUGACUGUAAAGUUGUAGAAUGUCCGGCUACUGUUUGAGUUAUUGGGCUCCAUAAGGUGAUGUUUUAGCUGCAUGUCAACAGGGGGCAAUGGUUGUGUUUUCCAAUCUUGCACAUUGGCGCUUGUAAAUGUAUUGUCACGUAUGUUCGGCUAGUUGAAAUGAGCCUUGCCAAGUUAGCCUUGUAGACCUUGUGAGUGUGUUGCCCCACUUUCUUCCAUGUUUUUUCUACUUGCACAAAAACACAAGUUAAAAAAAAACUUCAAUCAAAUGGAGCCGUCUCAAAGGAUGUCCACUUGAUUGCGACUUGUAUUUAUGAAUCCUCCAUUCUGUUUCCUGUGGUUGUUUACCAAUGGUGGAGGAAAAGCAUGCAUUCAAAUGAGGAAGGUUUUUAUUUUUUUAAUUUACAAUGCAUUUGCACACAGUUUAGAGCAGAGUUAUACUUGAAAUCGGUUAAAGUAAGUGAUGCUGAGACUGUAUUUUCAGGUUUUAUUCAACUACUGUACCAUUUGACAAAGCAGCUACUUGGCUUUGGCUUGGCAAAACAGAACAAUGCACUGGGCUGCAGCACAGAAUGAUGCAGUUAGCAAAUGCAGUUAGCAAAAUAUUCACAGAUUUUUAACACAUCUGCUCAAUUUUAAAUCAUGUUUAUUAAAAAUGUAUAGUUUAGAAGUCAAAAACAUUAUGCACCUGGCGAAUGGUUGCCCAAAAAAUAUGAAGCCAAGGACUGUCACAUAUAUACUGUAUGUCCAUCUGUAAAAUAAACACAUACCGGUACUUUGCUAAUUAACUGUAUGUGCAGAUUUGUCGUCGAUAAAGCACGUGUGCUGAUAUAGUUGUUUCUCCUCUGCACUGACAACCAAAUCUAUGGUCAUUAUUGCAUAUGUACAUCCUGACUCGAAAGGAAAACUAAA